CUCUCUCGGGCGUGGUGGGGGUGGGGGUGGUGGAUCCUCCCGCCGGAGAUCCGCCCGGAACCACUUCGCAGCUCCUCCGCAGCCAGGCCCUGGUCUUCUGAUUUGAACCUUUAAAGCUUCUGAAAAUGUUCCUGGUCAAAAACUUCCUCGGAGGCGGCGGAGGCAGUGGAGGUGGGAAUAUUAACAUCGGCAACGUCAUCGGAGGUUUUUUAAGCGGCGGCGGAGGAGGAGGAGGAGGAGGCGGUGGUGGUGGAGGAGGAGGAGCGAUGGGUAUCCUUGGAGGAGUCAUCAGUGCCAUCAGCGAAGCGGCUGCUCAGUAUAACCCAGAGCCUCCGCCUCCGCGCAGUCACUUUUCCAACAUCGAAUCCAACGAAAGCGAAGAAGUGCGGCAGUUCCGGAGGCUUUUCACCCAGCUGGCUGGAGAUGAUAUGGAAGUAAGCGCAUCAGAGCUGAUGAACAUCCUCAACAAAGUGGUUACCAGACAUCCGGACUUGAAGACUGAUGGGUUUGGGAUUGACACCUGUCGCAGCAUGGUGGCUGUCAUGGACAGCGACACAACUGGAAAACUAGGAUUUGAUGAAUUCAAAUACCUCUGGAAUAAUGUCAAGAAGUGGCAGGGUAUCUACAAGCGGUUUGAUACAGACCGGUCUGGGACCAUUGGCAGCAGUGAACUCCCAGGAGCCUUUGAGGCUGCAGGGUUUCGGCUCAAUGAGCAACUUUACAGCAUGAUUGUGCGCAGGUACUCCGAUGAGAAUGGGAACAUGGAUUUUGACAACUACAUCAGCUGCCUAGUUCGCAUGGAUGCCAUGUUUCGUGCCUUCAAAUCCCUGGACAGAGACGGCAGUGGACAGAUCCGUGUGACCCUGAGGGAGUGGUUGCAGCUCACCAUGUAUUCCUAAGGGCCAGCCUGCAAGGCGCACCAUGCCUCCUUCGACACCACCGAGCCAGUUUGGGAAUGUCUUAGAGUUCUGUACUACUUUGCAGCCCACUUUCUCUGAUGUGGGGAACCCUAAAGGAUCCUGCUAGAUUUUUCUUUCCCUCCUUCCAUCGUUCUUUCUUUGAUUUCCACUCCUCUCCUCUUUUCUGAAGCAGAAAAGAAAACCUUUUCAUUUUUGUUUUGUGUUGCAUUGUUUUUAAAUUGCAUUUAGAAAUUGUACUGCUGAUAUUUAUAUUAACCCUUUUGAUUCUUCUACUAACACCACCGGAUACAUACAUGCCGAUAGGGGUCUUGUCGGAGAGGCGUUUGAGUUUGAAAUGGCAUUGGCUUCCUCUUUACCAAGCUGGCUCGGUUUCUAUCAAUAACAUAACAUGAAGAAUUCAGUGAUUUUUUUUAAAAGAUAUUUUGCAAGUUUGAAUAGGUUAAACAAUUAUCUGUAUUUCGGAUGGGGAGCCGCUGAUCAUGUUCCUAGACAGUCCCUUCCCCAGCAAAGUCACCUCACCCCAUUCACUCCAUUUGGACUUGCGUGCCUUGUUGCAAGGAUGCAAUGGGUGCCAAAGAUCUUCUGUGCAUGAGCAAAGCGCACUGCAACUGGCAUUUACCGCACUUGGUUGCCAACAAAACACACUUCUGGGGGAAAUGGGUGUUGGCCAUGGUUUCAACAUCAUCUGUUAACAGUCAGGGCUGUUGGAUGGAAAUCAGGUUAGACCGAUGUGGUGGCAUAUGAAGGAAGUGUUCCCCAUUUUAAGAGCACUUUGUGUGAAAAAGCAAUAGAUUGUAAGGACUGCUGAAGUCCAUUGGAAAUUAUUUAACUAAUGCUAGCUAUAGAGGCUUCUACCUUUUUAAAGACCCAGAGGCAGCUGAUAUGCUCCUGCCCCAACUGUUCAGACUUCAGUAUCUGCAACAGCAGCCAGACUCAGUCAAAUCAAGCCCUAAUCCUUUAUAUCUUGCUGUAAAAGCACUCUUACAGCCAAUUUUAUGGAGGGUCUUGCGCCGUGGCAGACCUCCUGAGCAUUAUUAUCUGCAUUGCAUGCUGUUUCCUUGCCUGCUUUUGGAAGGAAUAAACACUAGAAAGACAGCUGGUCCUAUAUAUAUUGUGCCUUGAAUAGAAUCAUGUUGACAAGCAUUUCUAUUUAUAACCCCUUGUCCCCGUGACUCUUGCCAUCAAUGGGGUAAUCCUGAGCCUUUUUGCUAAAAUUUCCCCUUUAAAUUUGGGAGCUUGUUGUCAAAGGCUGAAAUCUGACAUUGAGAACUCAGAGCUGGAUGGGUUGAAAAGGAAACGAGGAGAAUGAGAGAAAACAAUACUUCCGUAAUCUAAUCCCAAUUGUUGGUCCAGACUGGAAUAGACCCAAAUGGGCCAAAAUGUGGGAUAUUUACCUAGGAAUUAUUCUUCUGUUUUAACAAUGUAAUUAGGUUCCCUAUGAAAGUAAUUGGAGUGAAAUAUCUCAUGGCCCCAGUGAGACCUGUUUGCUGAGUCUUUAUGAGAAGCUUGUUUAGUCUGAUGGAGAGAAUACGUUCCUUUUGGGGAUUGCGUUUUUAAAUGUCCAGGACAGAAAGAGGGAGGGUUUUUCUCUCAUUCAGACGACAGAGGAUCUAUUGAAUUUGCCUUUCCAGUGUAAGGGUUUGCAUCCAAAUGUACCAGCUGUCUGUCUCUCUCUCUCUCUCUCUGCCACCUCCUCUGUUUUCUAAAAUGCUCAGUAGCCACAGAAAUAAAAGUUAUAUUAACAAGAA